UGUCUCGACUUCCUAUACCAGUAGAAGUGAUUGAUCCAAAUGAACAAAUCUUUGGAGUGGAUUAUUGUGAACCAUUGCCCAUGACUGCCAAAGAGAUUGCAAAGGCAACCCAAUUGAAUGUGGUGACAAGGAGAGCAUAUCAAUAUACUCGAUACGGAUGGACUACCAGAGAUGUGGACCAAUCCUUACAACCAUUUGCUAAACGUGCUAAUGAGUUAUCGAUUGAAGGAGGCUGCUUAUUGUGGGGCAGCAGAGUUAUCAUCCCAGAGGAAUUGAGAAAGACAGUAUUAGCGCAGAUACAUGAGGGUCAUCUGGGGACCAGCAAAAUGAAGGCCUUAGCCAGAAGUUAUGUGUGGUGGCCAAACCUGGACAGGGAUAUAGAAGAUUUGGCAAGAUCAUGUGAACAGUGUCAAAACCAGAAGAGUAGACCAAGUACUACUAAACCCUCACAUCCAUGGAUCUACCCAACAUCACCAUGGAAACGUGUCCAUGCAGAUUUUGCAGAAUUUGCGGGGAAGCAGUAUUCACUUAUUGUAGAUGCCUUCUCUAAAUGGCCGGAAGUCCACGAACUGGGUAUACAUGCUACUACAGGGCAGACGAUUGAAGCUAUGCGAAGAAACUUUUCUUAUCAUGGAUUGCCACAGCGACUUGUAACCGACAACGGUCCUCAGUUUAGGGCACAAGACUUCAAGGAGUUUAUGGAGGCCAAUGGAAUCAAGCAUCAACUGACUCCACCCUACCAUCCUGCAUCUAAUGGACAGGUAGAGCGAAUGGUACAAGAGAUAAAAAAGAGCUUGAAGGGUCGACCAGCGGGAAGAUCGAUAAGUCAUCAAGUGUCUUCGUUCCUUCUACACUAUCGUACGACUCCACAUACUGCAACAGGCAAAACUCAUGCCGAACUGUUGAUCAAACGAAUACCAGGAACCAAGUUAUCUUUGUUGCGUCCAGAGGUAAGUGACAUUGACAGAGAUGAGCAGAGAAUCAAGUUCGAGGAAGCUACCAAACGAUCAAGACAACUGGAUCCUGGUUGUAAAGUCAGUGUGUGGAAUCCACGUCAAGAUAGUCGUGGUAGGUGGUUGGUGGGAACCGUUGAACAACAGCUAGGACCAACCAACUAUUUAGUGAAUGUGGAAGGACAUUGCAGGUACGUGCCUAGAGACCAAAUGCGUUGGAGAGAUCAACGGAGUGUACCAGAAACAGCUGAUGUAAGUGUACCAGAGAUAGAGGUGAAAGAGAUACCAGUACCAGUCAUUCCUGUGAAAGAGACAGGACAAGUAGUUCAAUCUACUAAACACAAGGACCAAGAUGAGGAGUCUACCUUGAUCUCCAAGGAAAUGUUAUCACCUCCAGAAGACCACGAGAUUGAGACUCCCAGACGAUAUCCAAAGAGACAAAACAGACAACCACCAGCAAGAUAUCGUGAACAACAGGUAAGGACAGCACCAGACUAA